GCAAACUUUGCAUCCAAGGGAUGCAGCCUGCAGCAAUAUGUCCCAUCCGUGCUGGAGGCCAUGCUGACUGCCGGGUUUCAACCCAUGGGCAGGGCAUGCCGCCAUUUGGUGCUGACGGGCGAGGCACUUUCCACUGAGCUUUGCAGAAGACUCUCUCGUGCCGGGGAGUUCAUGGUGCGGAACCAUUACGGCCAAACCGAG